UUUGAAAGAGUAAGAUUGAAAUCAAAUAGUAACCAUGGCAAAGGUAAAACUUGCAUGGAUAGAGAAUGACAAGGCAAGAGCAAGAAGAUUAAAGCAAAGGAGAGAAGGUUUACUCAAAAAGGUGAAAGAGCUAUCCGUAUUGUGUGAUAUUACGGCUUUUCUAAUCAUUUUUAGUCCUAAUGAAGCUGUCCCAAUGGUGUGGCCAUCAGUUGAGAUGGCUCGUGGCAUCUUAGACGGUUUCUUUGCCUUACCAAAGUUCGUGCAAAAGCAGAAAGAGACGAUUGUCAAAUCAAUUUUGGAGGAGAAGAUAAAAACCGUUCAUGAACAACUAAUGAAGAGUAAUGAAAAGAAGAAGGAGUAUGUUGUUGAUGAAUUAAUGAUGCGUCUACAACAUGGUCGUGGAUUUGAUGAUCUUAACUUAAGUGAGAUCCAUGUAUUACUAUCUUUCUCAAAAGAUAAAAUCAUACUAUAUAGGAAGAAGCUAAAUUUCAUGCAGUUUUCUACUCUUCGUGAUCCACCAGUUCUUCCAUUUGAGGUGCAAGCCGAGCAGUUGACGAUCACCACAAAUGAUGCUUUUGUAGGAAGCGGUCAAGACGAUGAUAAAAAUAGAAAAAAAGAUGAAGAACCGAGAAUAUUUAACAUUGACACCUUUAAGGAGAAUAAAAGUUAUUACUUAAUAGAUCGAUGGGUUCUCGACCCUAAACCACUUGAGCAUGUAAUUUACCAACAAAUGCGGAACGACAAUCCAAACUUUGUAAGUUAUUUUCCAUACCAAGGAAGUGAUAGCAAUGGAAAUGCUAGUUUGGAGAUGGAGCCCGUUUCUCCCCAAGUGAUGACUUUUCAUGGUUUGGUUGGGUCUGCAUCUCAACCAUUACAACAUUGUAACAUGACUAAUAAUGCAAUAAUGGCUAUGAAUCAACCAUUUGAUUUGAUGAGUCGUGUGCUGGAAAGACAAGAUGAAGGAAACAACAUUAACAACUCAGAAAUUUACAUGACCAACAACACUGCAACGACCAAUAAUGAUGUUCGACAAGAGCCACCUCCUAAUGAAAUAACCUCUAGAGAAGAUAUUGUUAAUUUGUCGCCGUUCGAUAUAAAUAGGAACUAGC